AUGGGGGAGCUUAGGUCACUUUUAUCAUUACAUGACUCUCUUCUGAGGCAGCAGGAGAUUUUUUGGAGACAGAAAUCACGGAUACAGUGGAUCCGGGAGGGUGAUCGGAACACCAGUUUUUUCCAUCAGGCGGUGGUGAUCAGGAGACAUCGAAAUAGGAUCAGGGCUAUCAGGGAUGAGGCUGGGCAGAUAGUGGAGGACCCCGACAUGAUCCAGAGAGUGCUGGAGGGGUUUUUCAGGGCCAGGUGGUCCGAGCAGUUAGGCAGUGGGAGUCCAGAGGGUUUUGUCCCGCCCUCGGCACGUGUGGCAGAGGAGGAUACUGUGGCACUGAUCAGGCCGGUAUCGGAGAGGGAGAUUCGGGAGGUUGUGUGGUCUCUUGAGGGGGACAAGGCGCCGAGGCCGGAUGGUUUUCCACCGUUGUUCUUUCGGAGGUACUGGAUGAUAGUAGGACAGGAUGUGACGGCAGCCAUACAGCAGUACUUUAGCACCGUAGUUAUGUCUACAGAUUGGCAGAGGACCUUGAUCACUCUUAUACCGAAGCGACAGGAUGCUUCUGAGCCUAGUCACUUCCGCCCGAUCAGCCUAUGUACUACCAUGUACAAGGCGACAGCGAAGUUACUAGCAGUCAGACUGAGGGACAUUCUUCCGAGGAUUAUCAGCCCGGAGCAGGGGGCUUUUGUGGGAGGUCGGAGCAUUUCUGAUAAUGUUCUUAUUGUUCAGGAGUUUAUGUUUGAUCUUCGUAGGGCAUCGAGCAGGAGGAGUUUGAUGGGGAUCAAACUUGAUAUGGAGAGGGCCUAUGAUAGGAUGAGAUGGGACUUUGUACAGCAGUCCUUGCAGGAAUUUGGCUUUCAUGAGAUAUGGAUUAGAUGGGUGAUGGGGUGUGUCAGAGCUCCUUCUUUUGCCAUCUUGGUGAAUGGGACGCCCUCCCGAUUUUUCGAGUCUGCCGGGGGAUUACGUCAGAGUUGUCCUCUAUCUCCCUUACUCUUUAUUAUAUGUGCAGAUGCUCUCUCCAGAGCUCUUAGGCAGGCAGUGAGCAACCAGGAGCUGGUUGUUUACAGGCCCGUGCCGGACGCAUCACCGACCUCCCAUUUGCUUUUUGCCGAUGACUGUCUACUUCUAGCCCAGGCUACGAGGCAGGAUGCACGGGUCAUUCAGAGGAUUCUCCGGGACUAUUGUUCGGUAUCUGGUCAACGGGUCAACUUAUCCAAAUCAGCAAUAUGCUUUAGCCCGAAGAUCAGAGUGGCGGUGAAGACUUCUAUAUUGAAGAUGUUGGGAGUGGGAGAGCAGGAGGGCAUGCUGAGGUACUUGGGUGUGCCACUUUCGGGUCAGCGGUUACACAGCAGGGAGUGUUCCUCUCUUGAGCUCAGUAUUAGACACAGAUUGGAGGGGUGGCAGAUACAUUCACUAUCCAUGAUGGGCAGGGUUACCUUGGUACGGUCAGUUCUCUCUUCGAUCCCUAUUUACUUACUGUCCAAUUUCCUUAUGCCAGUAGCGACUGUGCGAAAUCUUGAGCGGAUCUUCAGGAAUUUUAUCUGGGGAAGGAAUGGAGGUAGAGGGGGGAUCCAUCUGAUGGCGUGGGAGGUUGUAUGUCAGCCGACCAGGUGUGGAGGAUUAGGGGUCCAGUCCCUAGUGAUGAGACGGGAGGUUUUGUUGGCUCGACAGGCUGCUAGAGUAGUACUAGAGCCGGAUGGUAUGUGGGCUGCUUUGAUGAGGGCCAAGUAUGGUGCUCUAGCGCCUGGGAUCCGUGGCGGCCGCCGCCAUUCACCGAUAUGGAGGGAGAUUUGCACUAUAGUAGGGAUGGUGCUACCGGUGAUCAGGUGGUCCAUUGGGGAUGGGCGGUCCGUAGAUGUGCUGGAGGACAGCUGGUUGACAGAGCAGCCUAUCAGUAGGUUGCUGGUGAUGGUGGACACGGCGAGGAUAGCUGGGCUUAGGGUCAGAGACCUGAUCGAGCUGGAGGGUGGUCGUUGGAGGGAGGAGCUGAUUCAGGAGGUGUUUGGGGCGCAGCUGGCAGAGAUGGUCCUGGCCCUACCAGUUCCUGCCAGGGAGAGGCCAGACAGACUAGUCUGGGUGCCGACAGGGAGGUCUCAGGUGCGUGCCAGGGAUAUUCAUCAGCUGAUGAUUAGUGAGCCAGGCCGGCAGAUAGAGGGGGGAUGGAUUUGGAGGAUGCGGACUCAUCUGCGGGUGUCGCUUUUUAUCUGGAAGGUGGCAUGGGACUGCUUACCGACCAGGAGUUUAUUAGCACGGCGUGGGAUGAGGAUCACCCAGGGGUGCGAGGUGUGCAUAGAUACGGAGGAGACUAUUGAUCAUGUUUUAUUGCAGUGUCCCAGAGCCAGGGAGAUUUGGAGGAGAAAUUCUGGCGUGUUUGAAGGUAGAAGAUUACCGCCGAGGAUGGUGGUGGAUAGAGCGAUUCGUCAUGCGAGGGAGAUCAUCACAGCUACCGCGAGGUUCUCUUCUGGGAUGGCCGGGGACAUCUGGGGUACUUCUUCCGCUGUCACAGCGCCCAGGUUCGUCCUUGUUUCUUGGGUACCCCCACCCCCUGGUUAUCUCAAAGCGAACUUCGAUGGUAGUAUGUCGGUGGACGGAGUGGCUGGAGGCGUCGGUUUUGUGAUCAGGGAUCAUCUUGGGAGGAUGAUAGCAGCUGGUGGUCGUCGCACGCCCGGACUUACUGCUGUUGGGACGGAGUUGCGGGCAGCUUGGGAAGGGAUAUCCUUUGCCAGGCAGAUACUGGGUGCUGAGCGGCUCUGCCUUGAGGGGGACUCCUCUGUGGUGAUUGACUGGGCUCGUGGAUUGGAUAGAUAUGGUGACGGCCAUCCCCUUAUCCGUGAUAUCCGUAGGUUGGCUCAGGAGUUGAGCGAUUUUCAGGCUCUACACGUUUUCCGGAAGGCAAACCGUGCAGCUGAUUGGGUGGCCUCUUAUGUAGCCCGACAUUCCGGGGAGAUCAUUUGGACAUCGGUAGGAGGGAUACCCCCUACCUUAUGGACGGAGGAUGAGGAGGCCAGUGAUGGGGACCGCCCUCUGAGGGUGGACGUGGGUAUUCGUGACGUUGAGAGUGUAUCCCUGACCCGGCCGGUGUCGGCACAGGAGGUACAGGAGGCAGUCUGGGCCUUGGCUGCAGACAAGGCCCCGGGACCUGAUGGUUUUUCCCCUUUCUUUUUUCGGCAGUAUUGGGGUAUUAUCCGACCAGCGAUGGUGGAGGCUAUUCAGUGCUUUUUUACCCAGGCAGCUAUGCCUGAGGAUUGGAAGGCUACUUUUAUCACACUUAUACCUAAACGUCAGAAUGCGGCUGAGCCUUGUCAUUUUAGGCUCAUCAGCUUGUGCACAACCUUAUACAAGGUUGUGGCAAGAAUUAUGGUGGGCAGGAUGAAGCCCCUCUUGCCUGGUCUUAUUAGCCAGGAGCAGGGGGCCUUUGUGGCCGGCAGAAAUAUUUCCCAUAAUGUUAUGUUGGCCCAGAAAAUGAUGUGGGAUCUCCGACAAGCAUCGAAGUGGCACAGCCUGAUGGCAGUCAAGCUGGAUAUGGAGCGGGCUUACGACAGGAUCAAGUGGAGUUUUCUUUAG